AUGGUCCUCGAGAUCCUGAACCCUUGGCGUAGCCCUAAAGAUGACUUCGAACCCACCCCGCUCCCUGCGCUGCUCUUCCGCGCCCCCGUGAAACUGCUCCUCCACCAACUAUACCAUGUCCUCACUCGUCUGCGCUCCACACCAAAACCCUCCGAACCAGCAAUCCGCGUAGUAUGUAUAUCAGACACUCAUACUCACAUCCCUGACGAUGUUCCCGGCGGCGACAUCCUCAUCCAUGCUGGCGAUAUGACGAACGAGGGAAGUGUUGAAGAAAUACAAGCGCAAAUCAACUGGCUCUCUUCCCUACCGCACAAAGAAAUCAUAGUAAUCAGCGGAAACCACGACACCUACCUCGACCCACGCGCACGCCCCUCGCUCUCCACCGCACAGCGAGAGGGAAAUCUGGAGUGGGGCAGGGUGCACUAUCUCCAGCACAAACUGCUCACGCUCACAAUCACACCGCGCGACACACCCACCACAGACUCGCGAUCACCGCUGCUCAGAGAUGGCGCGCAGAGGAGACUCCGUAUCUAUGGCGCCCCGCAGAUCCCGGCCUGUGGGCCUAUGAGCGUGCACGCGUUCCAGUACGCGCGGGGUAGCGAUGCGUGGAGCGAGACGGUGCCCGAGGACAUCGAUAUCCUGGUUACGCACACACCGCCGAAGUAUCAUUUGGACCUCGCAUUGCCGAAGUCACUGGGGUGCGAGCAUUUGCUCAACGAGGUUAAGAGGAUCAAGCCCUUGUUGCAUGUUUUUGGGCAUGUGCAUUGGGGUGCGGGGACGGAGGUUGUGCAUUGGAAUCGCGCGCAUGAGGCGUAUGUGCAGGGGAUGGAGACGGAGUCGAGUUAUACGAGGGGAGUGUUGGAUAUGGGGUUGUGGUGGAAUGUGGUGAGGGUGGUGUAUAGAGGGGUGAGGGAGUUGCUGUGGGAUAGGGUGUGGGGCGGACAGAGUUCGCAUACCGUGCUGGUGAAUGCGGCGCAGAUGAAGGGUAAUACGGGCAAGCUGGGCAACCCGAUCCAGGUCGUUGAGAUAUAG